AUGAAGAUUCAUCUCUUUUUCUUUAUUCUUCUCUUUUGGGUCACAAUUUUACCAGCCAGAAAGAAAUUCCCCCAGUAUGGUAGCGUGGAUAUGAGGAAACUGUGCAAAAAGGGUAAUGGUCGGUGUAAAGUUGAGUGCCAUGAAACUGAAAUUAGGAUUGCUUACUGCAUAAGACCUGGAACUCAUUGCUGCUUACAGAGGUAA